CGGCGCGGCUCGUUCAAGAUGGCGGAGCUGGAUCAGCUGCCCGACGAGAGUUCUUCAGCAAAAGCACUUGUGAGCUUGAAAGCUUCUUUGGAUGCUGCUUUUGAGAAUGAGACCCUUUGGAGUGCCAUUUCUGAAAUAGGUGCUUCCACUUUAAGUACUGCCUAGACAUCAGGUCUGACAUGAAAUUUGAGAGGGAAGUUUAUCCAGCACAUGGAAUGAAAAGUACAGUUCUCUACAAAAAACGCCUAUUUGGAAAAGCAAGAACGCUGGUUCUGCUGUAGAAAUGCCCUUCAGAAAUUCAAAACGGAGUCGUCUCUUUUGUGAAGAAGACGACAGACAGUUAAAUACAAGGUCCCCCAAAAGAAAUCAGAAGAUUGCAAUGGUUCCACAGAAGUUUACUGCAACAAUGCCAACACCAGACAAGAAAGCAUCACAGAAGAUUGGAUUACGGUUACGUAAUCUACUCAAACUUCCCAAAGCACACAAAUGGUGCAUAUAUGAAUGGUUCUACUCAAAUAUAGAUAAACCAUUAUUUGAGGGAGAUAAUGAUUUCUGUGUAUGCCUGAAAGAAUCUUUUCCAAACCUGAAAACCCGAAAAUUAACAAGAGUGGAAUGGGGAAAAAUCAGACGAUUAAUGGGAAAACCACGAAGAUGUUCUUCUGCAUUCUUUGAGGAGGAGAGGUCAGCAUUAAAACAGAAACGGCAGAAAAUCCGACUUUUACAACAGCGGAAAGUUGCAGAUAUUUCACAAUUUAAAGAUCUUCCAGAUGAAAUUCCAUUACCACUUGUUAUAGGAACAAAAGUUACAGCACGGUUGCGUGGUGUCCAUGAUGGACUGUUCACUGGACAGAUAGAUGCUGUAGACACACUUAAUGCUACUUACAGAGUAACUUUUGACAGGGCAGGGCUUGGAACACAUACAGUCCCAGAUUAUGAAGUUCUUAGCAAUGAGCCUCAUGAAACUAUGCCAAUUACUGCUUUUGGACAAAAACAACGGCCUUCUAGAUUCUUCAUGACCCCUCCUCGAUUACACUACACACCUUCUCUCCAGUCUCCAAUUACAGACAGUGAUCCUCUAUUAGGACAAUCCUCUUGGAAAAACAAAAUUUCAGGCUCAGAUAGCGAAACACUAGGUGGUUUUCCAGUAGAAUUUCUUAUCCAAGUGACCAGGUUAUCAAAAAUCCUUAUGAUUAAGAAGGAGCACAUCAAGCAGUUAAGGGAGAUGAACACAGAAGCAGAAAAACUGAAAUCCUAUUCUAUGCCAAUCAGUAUUGAGUUUCAGAGAAGAUAUGCAACUAUUGUUCUAGAUCUGGAACAACUGAAUAAGGACCUAAACAAAGUUUUGCAUAAGGUUCAGCAGUACUGUUAUGAGCUUGCUCCAGACCAAGGCCUCCAGCCUGCAGACCAGCCAACAGAUCUGAGGCGCCGAUGUGAAGAAGAAGCUCAGGAGAUAGUUAGACAAGCAAAUGCAUCAACAACAGGACAUCUUUGUGUGGAAAAUGAAAACCUGACAGAUCUGAUCUCUAGACUUACAGCAAUAUUACUGCAGAUUAAGUGUCUAGCAGAAGGAGGUGACCUGAAUUCCUUUGAAUUUAAAUCACUAACAGAUUCAUUAAAUGACAUCAAGAAUUCAAUAGAUUCUUCUAAUAUCAGUUGUUUUCAGAAUAAUGUUGAGAUCCAUGUUGCACACAUUCAGAGUGGCCUGAGCCAGAUGGGAAAUUUACAUGCCUUUGCAGCCAAUAACACCAACAGAGACUGAAAAAGCUGUCUAUUUCAAGUGUAUAGCAUGUAAUUCUGUGAAAUCCUCUUCCUUUACAUAGGCUUCACCAAAUGUCCUAACUUUGGGAGGAUAAGGGAAAAGAAAACCUCUAAAAAGGCCAUUUUAGGUAAACUGUACUGCUUCUUAAGAAAUCAGCAUUACUGGCCUGCGUACAUUAGAUUUUUGCCAUUUGUUAUAUACAUACAGUAGUUUUACUAAGAGCUAACUUCUAUUAGUAACUACAUUUUUUAUUUUAAACUGAAAGUAUAUGCAUAUGCUUUCAUACAAUUUCAACUAAGAAUAUAUCAACUUUAUUUUUUAAAGUUUGGGUAAAUUCUGCCCAACUCAUGCAGAUGACUUUACUGAUGUGUUGAAGACAAUGAAGAGGAAAUGGUACAAAUCAGUGGCUGUCUGGCAGUCCUUUGUUCUUGAAAGCUACAGUUCUAGUAUCUGUGAGUCACCAUCUCAGACUUUAGUCUACGGUGUGGUGAAGCAGUAUGUGUAUUCCUGACCUUAUGAAACAGCAGCAGAAUAUGGACAGAAAAUAAAUGAGAGUGAAUAGAUAUUGUACACUUGGAUACUGGCUGCUCUAUAAAUCAGUUAAUAUCUUUUUGGAAUGUUUAAUUUAUCAUAACUUAUAUAAGGAGUCUAAUGAAGGAAUAGAAAAACAUAACUGCUAAAUUCCCAGGAACAUAUGUGCUAUGGCUUUUUCCCUUUAUACAGGGCAAAAGGUCCUGUAAUUGAUAUUUUAUACAAAUGACUGAUAACAUAUUGGUUUUCCAUUUUUAUUGUUUGCACAACUUUCAACUUAGAUAACUGGUUAUUCAACCAUUCCCAACAUAUAUAAAUAAAAAGAUUUUGAUAACAAAUGAGAUAACCAGUGUUGUGAACUGUUUUUAAAAAAUGCCUCCAAGUGUAUUCUGGAAUGUUAAUCUUGUAAAAAAGUGGUUAUUGGAUUGUUUGUUUAAUAGUCUUGUAAAGCUUCAGUGUAAUAAAUUGUUUCCGGAUUUGAAUGUUCAGAGAUAGCGGUAGAGAUGUUUUGAUUCUUUUGGAUGCCUCAUGAAAUGAGGUCUUUUAUAUGUUAAUGUAUAAAGAGAAUGUAAACAUUAUUUUCAAUUUUGGAAUUUUGUAUAGUUUAAAAAAAUGCUUCUGUAUUGUGAUGGUAUUGUGCCACUGCAAAACUUUAGUGCAGAGUUUAUAUUUAGCUAAAUUUGUUCUGUUAAUUAAGAAAUCCACAAAUCUUUUAUUCUCAAUUACAUUUCUAAUUCUGAAUAAAUUGACCUAUGAGAGUUGAUAUAUUUUACAAAAAUGCAAACUUCUUGCACAUAAAGGUAGGUCUAAUUUCAUUUGAACAGAAAAAAUGUUGAUAAUUUAAUUUACAAAAAUGCAGCAUUUUGUUUGCUUGGCAAUGUGAGUGUUUUAGGAGAGAUUUUAAAAACUACAAGGGAAAUUACAGAGGAGUACUAAGUGGUAAUCCCAAUGAAUUGCACAUGAAAAUCUACAUAUCUAAACCUAAAUUUCUCAUUUUGUGAGGAUUUACCCUAGAAUAUUUUUAUAUGCUUUCCCUUUCCCCCCUACUUCUCUGUUACUUUGUGGUGUUAUCUUCCAUCUGGUAAAGUGUCCUCUGCCAGAACCAAUCAGCCACAUUCUUCGAAUUAACAGUAGGGUUAACCACAAAGUGCUCAGUCUUUCCCACUGCAUCAAGGUACUUACUGACUGAUGUCAGUGGGACUACUUGCAUGUUUGGAUGAGGACUUUAGUAUACUAAAUAUCAGGCUGCCAAAUAGGCAAUGUCUACAUAAUAUAGAUGCUCUUAUCAAAUAUAAAGAGAGACAUAUUUUCAUCACAAUACCACAAUCUUAUCUCUGAGUGAUGAUAGCAUUGUUUUUAUAUAUUAUCUUGAUUUUGAUGUCUAAAUAUGUUCUUUCAAAGAAUACAGAAAAUAUCAAUUGAAAGUUGUUGGGUUUUUUUGUUGAAUUACCUAUAAUUGCUGUGGGAUGGAGUAAUAUAUUUAUUGUAAUAGGAAAAACUGUAUAAUAUCGAUUUUUAUGGUAAAACUAUGCAUGUGCACUUGUA